AUGGCACCCGAGGUGUCUCCUUCACAAGCAACUAACGCCACCGAACCUCCAUGCAGGAACGCAAGGAUGCAACCCACGAAAUACGAUCACGGGUGGAGGAGAGUCGUCCGCAACUUCACACCAUCAUGGUUCUCAGUGACCAUGGGCACGGGGAUCGUGUCUCUCCUCCUGCACAACCUGCCCUACAAUGGGACCUGGCUAUAUUGGAUUUCCGUUGUGAUAUUUGCCCUAAAUGUGCUUCUAUUUAUCACUGGAAGUAUCAUUUCCAUCCUCCGAUAUACCUUGUAUCCGGAGAUCUUCCUGGCUAUGAUCAAGCAUCCGGUACAAUCCAUGUUCAUAGGCACGUUCCCCAUGGGACUUGCCACAAUUAUCAAUAUGUUCUGUCUAGUCUGUGUCCCUGCGUGGGGUGAAUGGGCUCGAUAUUUCGCGUGGGGAUUGUGGAUUUUCGACGCGGUCGUUUCAGUCAUGACCGCUCUUUCUCUGCCGUUUAUUCUAAUGGCCAAUGGUGGCGAGACGCACUUGUCCUCUAUGACUGCUGUCUGGCUUCUUCCCAUUGUCAGCUGCAUUGUCGCCGCUUCGUCGGGCGCCAUUGUGGCUGAGGUACUUCCCAAUCCUCAACAUGCCCUAUGGACAGUGAUCAUCAGUUAUGUACUGUGGGGUAUAGGGCUUCCCCUUGCGUUGAUGGUCAUGGUGAUUUACCUCCAACGUCUCGUGCUCCACAAACUGCCGCCCAAAGCUGUUAUUGUCAGUGUUUUCCUUCCACUGGGCCCAUUAGGACAAGGUGGAUAUGGGGCGAUGAAACUGGGACAACGUGCUCAAGAGAUCUUUCCCAAAACUCAUACCCUCCAGGAGGCAUCCGGUCCUACUUUCUACACCCUGGGAUUCUUGGUUGCACUGAUAAUGUGGUCAUUUGGGUUGGUCUGGCUCUUCUUCGCUAUUGCCUCGAUCGCUCACAACAAGAAAUUCCCUUUCAACAUUGGAUGGUGGGGCUUUACAUUCCCACUGGGGGUAUUCGCUACUAGUACUUGCCAGAUGGGCAGCGAACUUCCAUCCAACUUCUUCGAUAUCCUCGGCACGGUAUGA